AUGCAUUGUUUGCUUGGCGCCUCCGGACUGAUCUUGGGCCUCCUCAGCGUUCGUGUGACAUGGACCUGGGAAACGGAGGCUUCUUCGCUUUACUCAGCUCUGCCGGCUGAUGACAGCUUCUUCCUCUUGCAGGUGAGUGGCACCAAGAGGGUUGCUGGACAAGGAAACGCCUCCAAAUCAGGAGCCCGGAAGGGCUCGACUUCGCCAGAUAGCAGCUCUGCCGUGCCGCAAGCACUGGCCGAGACCAACCACACAGUGGUGAUGCCUGCGGGUGGGGACCGAAGAGAUGCAGGACAACCAUGGCCGCUAUCGUUGCUGAGUAUCUCUUUGUGCAGAGUCGUCGAAGAAGUCACAGGUCAUCAAGUUCCCACCAAAGAAGGCAUGAUGUUUACUGCUUGCAUGAUAGCUGCCAUUAUCGUGUUGUCUGUGUGCAUUGCUCUGCUGCAUCAGAGUUCUGCAAGGGACGCGCGAGGCAGUCGAAGUCCUGCAGGAGGGAUACCUGGAGCUGUCGAGGAAACCGUACGCGACCUCCAGGAUCAAAUGGAGGAAACUUUCACUCCAGGACUUAAAAAGCCACGCCCUGCGUGGGUGCUGCGCCCCGUCUCUCCUUCGUCACCGUACCGUUGGGAGCUCAAGACAAGAAAGUCGGAUGGUCGGAUGGAACGCUGCAUGUUCUUGGCGGCUGUCUUCUUUAGUUUCAUCGCGCAGGCUGAGAGACAGGUAGCACGUGACAGCGUGGACGGCCUGGACGAGGAGUGCGACAUCCUGCUAUUGCAGACAGUCUUUGCCGUAGGAAACGCUUCGAAACCAACGCUGUCCUCCGAACUUGGACCGGACGCUUUGCCCAAGGAGCGUGAUUCGAGAUCGUUCAGUCUUCUUUCUGUAUUGUCGCUCGAGGUAGCAAAAAAUGCGAGUUCGUCUUCGAACCUCACGGUGAUGCUGUUGGUGGCGCUGGCCAUGGUCUUCAUUAUUCCUUUGAUUGUUUAUCUGCUUUCAGAGCCUUGCUCCUACCUGGAAGGGCCAGGAGGUAAACUCCUGGAGCGGGGGAGUUUGGGACCGAGACGGGAGGCUCCAAGGACAUCCUCCGUACGAGGCUCGGAGCCGCGUUUAUCGAUACAAGCCUCACAGGCACUUGCAAUGCCUCCCACAGCUUUGGCACGGCCUCGUCCAGAUGAAGAUCCUCCAAAACUUUGUGAGAAUCUUAUUUUGCCGAAGCACCUCGCCAUCUUUCUUGUCGAUGCAGAGAGAGCCUGCCGAGUCGCAGGAGUUAUGUCUGGAGACGUCUGCCAAAAUGGCUUCAACUUUCGCUCCCUUUGUCCGAUUGCGACCGGUGAUCAUGGCCUCUUCUUCGGCGGCCCCGAUGACAUCCAACAUUGA